ACUAAAUCAUUAACUGGUACCUGUACGUCACUUCGGACUCUGUAAUAGGUGGAGCGCAGCAUAAGAACCACAGACGGUCUAAUAAUGUGCAGUCUGCUGACACUGGAUGACUGGAAACAGCAGAGAUGAAGGAGCUAUGGAUUAUGGUUGUCUUUGCUACAGUCUCUUUUCCACAGGAGGAUCUCAUCACAUCCUCUGCCAUUCCAACCACCAUUGACAUAACUAUCCCAACUACUGAUGACCCUUUAACCCCUGACCCUCCAACUACUGACACACCAACUGCUGACACUCCAACAACAUACCCUCCAACUAGUGAUUUUCCAACAAACAACUUUCCAAUUACAGACACUCCAAUUACCAACUUUCCAACUACAGACACUCCAACUACCAACCUCCCAACUUCUGACUUUCUAACUACCGACAUGCCAACUAGCGGUUCUCCAACUGCCCACUUUCCAACUGCCCACUUUCCAACUACCGACUUUCCAACUACCGACUUUCCAACUACCGACUUUCCAGCAACCGACACCCCAACUACCGACACCCCAACAACCGACAGUCCAGCAACAAAUACUCAAGCAAGCAACAAUCCAGCAUCUGACAAUCCAGCAACCGACACUCCAACUACCGACUUUCCAAAUAUAAACACUCCAGUAACCGACUUUUCAACUACCGGCACACCAACAGCCGACACUCCAAUUACCGACACUCAAACUACCGACUUUCCAACUACACACUUUGUAACUACUGAUUUUCUAAAUAUAGACACUCCAGUAACCAACUUUCCAACUACUGGCACACCAACGGCUGACACUCCAACAAACAACUUUCCAACUACCAACUCUCCAACUACCAACUCUCCAACUACCAACUCUCCAACUACUGACUUUCCAAAUAUAGACACUCUAGUAACUGACUUUCCAACUACCGACACGCCAACUAACGACUUUCUAUCUACCCACCUUCCAACUACCGAUUUUCCAACUACCGAUUUUCCAACUACCGAUUUUCCAACUACCGAUUUUCCAACUGCCGACACUCCAACAACCGACACUCCAACAACUGACAUUCCAGUAACCGAUAUUCAAGCAAACAGCAAUCCAGCAUCCUACACUCCAGUAAUCGACUUUCCAACUACCGACUUUCCAACUAUUGACUUUCCAACUACCGACUCUCCAUCUACCAACUUUCUAACUACCGACACGUCAACUACCGACAGUCCAUCAAACGAUACUCAUGUAAACAACAAUCCAGCAACCAAUAAUCCAGCAACCGACACUCCGACAACCAACUUUCCAACUACCAACACGCUAACUACCAACGUGCCAACUACCAACGUGCCAACUACCGACAUGCCAACUACCGUUUUUCCAACUACCGACUUUCCAACUAUCAACUUUCCAAAUAUAGACACUCCAGUAACCGACACUCCAGUAACCCACUUUCCAACUACUGACUUUCCAACUACUGACUUUCCAACUACUGACUUUCCAACUACUGACUUUCCAACUACUGACUCUCCAACUACUGACUCACCAUCUACCAACUUUAUAACUACCGACACACCAACUACCGGCAUGCCAACUACCGACUUUCCAUCUACCCACCUUCCAACUACCGACAGCCUAGCAACAGAUACCCCAGCAACCGACACUCCAACAACCGACACUCCAACUACACACCUUCCAACUACAGACAGUCCAGUAGCUGACAUUCCAGCAAUUGAUUCUCAAGCAAACAACAGUCCCUCAUCUGACACUCCAGCAACUGACUUUCCAACUAUCGACUUUCCAAAUAUAGACACUCCAGUAACCGACUUUCCAACUAUCGACUUUCCAACUAUCGACUUUCCAAAUAUAGACACUCCAGUAACCGACUUUACAUCAAAUGACUUUCCAACUAUCGACUUUCCAAAUAUAGACACUCCAGUAACCGACUUUCCAUCAAAUGACUUUCCAACUAUCGACUUUCCAACUACUGACUCUCUGUCUACUAACUUUGUAACUACCGACAUGCCAACUACUGAUACGCCGACUACCGACCUUCCAUCUACCCACCUUCCUCCAGCAACUGACACUCCAGCAACCGAAACUCCAACUACGGAAUUUCCAACUGCCAACCCUUCAACUACCGACUUUUCAACUUUCGGCAAUCCAACUAUUGCACAUCCUUCCCUUCAAAGCACAACAGUGGGUGGAACCAGUACCACUCUCCCCACCACCUCCACCACCAUCUCCACCUCUACCAUCACCUCUCCCACCACCUCCACCAACCACUCUCCCACCACAAUCCCUCCUCUGGUCUGUAUCAACGGUGGUGAGCUGCAGAGUGGAGUCUGUAUCUGUCCUGAUGAGUGGACCGGAGACACCUGUUCAGAGGGGAAUUUCUGCAAUUCAGCCAUCAAGGAUGGAUUCUCCUUCCCAAGAACAGUGGUUGGCUGGUCUGCUUAUUCUGAAGAGUCAUGUGAUGAGAAGACAACCAGUGCUGGUUUAUCAAAAGCCUCAGCAAGAUGUUUGAAUGACACUGGAUCUCCAAUGUUUGGUCCUCCUCAUGAACUGCAGUGUGAAUUAACCCUCAGUGACAUUCAAGGAAAUAUCUCCAGCAGUUCAGGUGGUUUAUUACAGUUGGCCUUCAGUACUCAGAUCCUGACCUCCCAACCAGAGCAGCUGUCAGCUGACAUCACCACAGCAGCUCAGAUAGCUAACACACUGCUUCAGUCUGCAAAUAUCACAGAGGACAUCGCAGUGGCAGCUGUAACCACCAUCAGUCAGCUGCUCAAUGCCAAUGAGGAGAGUACACAGGAGAGAGACGCUGUCCAAAACCUCACAGAGACCCUGGAGAAGUUUUCCCUGGACCAGUACAAUAAUGUGUCAUUGGUGGUUCAGCCCAACCUGGUAGUCCAGUCUGUCCAAGUACCAAGUGACUCAGUAGGGAUCCAGUUUACUGCUCUGACUGGAAGAUCUGGUAAUUUUGUGGCCAACAGAAUUUAUCUCAACACCAAUACCUCUGAACUGAUAGUUGACAAAGGAGGUUCUACCGAUGUCCAGAUUGUUAUCAAAUUCACACCAGUUUUGCAUUGUAAAAACACAAACCACUCCAUUGGUUUUGUGCUCUACCAAAACGACCGGUUCUUCAGGUCCCAGGCUUUCAGAGCUUCUUCAGGCACCAGCAGAAGGGUCAUCUCUGCUAACCUGGGACAAGUGUCUGGGUUACAUGUUGAGAUGCUCUUCAAGCCCACAGCUGUUCCCAACACCUCCCUCUAUGACUUUGCCUGCGUGUCAUGGAACUACACGUUGAAAGACUGGAGCACCUUUGGCUGCUCCAAAGUCAACCACUCAGCAGACGGCCUGCGAUGUUUCUGUAAUCACACCACUAACUUUGCUGUGCUGAUGUCAUUCAGGAGGGAUUUUAAAUACGCUGAAGUGCUAAACUGGAUCACCAUAUUGGGAUGCUCCAUGUCCAUCAUUGGGUUGAGUUUAACAAUAACAUUCCAGAUCACAACCAGGAAAUCACGCAAAACCAACCCAACGGUCCUCUUAGUGAGCGUCUGCGUGUGUCUCCUGAUCUUCACCCUCCUCUUCAUGUUGGGAGUGGACAACCCUCAUAAACAGCUGGGCAAACCUAAAAUACAGGAGGACAACAUUCUCCCCCCAUCCGACACACACACAGAGAGGGACAGAGGGCCCUGUACUGCAGUGGCAGUCCUGCUGCAGUACUUCCUGUUGGGGACGUUCACCUGGAACACGCUGUAUGCCACACAUGUCUUCCUAAUGAUCAGAAACAGUCUGGCCACCAGCCCGUCACACUUCACAGCCUAUACCGUGGCCAUCGGAUGGGGACUGCCUGCAGUUGUGGUGGCCCUCACCUUAGGAAUUAGUUACAGAGUGGAUGAUCCACUGGGAUACAGGCAGGAGGAAUUUUGCUGGCUUGCUGCCCUCGAUCCAAAGGGGAACUUUGACUUCAAGCUGCCAAUGUUUUGUGGUUUCCUGGUCCCUGUGGCGUUCAUGCUUAUCUUCAACACAGUGGUGUUGCUUUGUUUUGCAGUUAAGACCAACCCACAUUUAACUAGUACAAGACACACAUCGAUGAAGAAGAAGUUCCUCAGUAGCUUCUCUCUGGCUGUGGUGCUCGGUCUCUCCUGGAUCCUGGGCUAUCUGUUGCUCAUUCCACAGAACCAGACCAUGUACACCAUACUCAACAUCUCCUUCUGUGUUCUCACCACCACUCAGGGAUUGCAGAUUUUCAUUCUGUUCACAGCAAGAACAGCAAUUGUCAAGAAAAAGAUGUCAAGUACUUUGAAAUCUAUCUCUAGUUUUGGGAUCCCUCUUCACACUAGGAAGUUCAGUCUAUGGCGAGGCGAGCACAGUGAUAAAGUAGAAUCAUACACACAGCUGGACACUGAUCUGUCAUUUUCACCUUGUUCCACAGACAUCUAACUGAUGGGCUGCAAGUUCAACCUCUGUUGUAAAAUAUCUCAUAUACCUCCACUAUUGUCCUAUAAUAUACAAUAUAAUACACACAACAUUUUGUAUCAAUGUAUAUUCACUGUGAAUUCCCUUAGAAGUUGUGUUGUCCAAUGAACUAUCAAAAUAAAGGAAGUCGCACACUGCAUGCAUAAUCUCCCAACAAUUGAAUGGGUAUUUACCAACGUUUCGGCAUCACUGUGCCUCCCUCAAUCAUUUAAAAAAAAACAAAUGCUGUAUAUCCUGAAUAUUUGUUCUUUCUAAAAUGUUACUGUUUUAAAUAAAUCUGUGAUUAUUCUCUUUAA